AAGAGGCGGUGCAUCCGGCGGGCGGUGCAUCCGGCCGGCGUCCGGCGUCAUGGGAGAGCUGGUGCAGGAGGAGCUCUCGGCUCUGGCGGCUAUUUUCUGUGGGCCGGACGAGUGGGAGGUGGUGAGCUGCUCAGAGACAGAUGGAGCUUCAUUCAGAAUUAACACAAGUGGACAAGGAUUUUUGGAUGAAAAUAUACCAUUAAAGUUAUCAUUUUAUUUACCAACUACUUACCCGUUUUGUCUGCCAGGGAUCUCAGUUAACUCUCAGCACCUUACCAGGGCACAGUGUAUGGUUAUAAAAGAGAAGCUACUUGAACAAGCAAAAAAACUUUUGUCUGAGCCGAUGGUACAUGAGCUGGUUCUCUGGGUUCAACAAAACCUCAAGGACAUCAUUGGGCAACCAGAAACAGCUGUUAGUCCUGAAGACUGCACUUUGUCAGCAAGUACAUCUAUGGAUGAUGGAACAUGGAUGGCCCUUUUGCAUUUAGAUCACAUGAGAGCAAAGACUAAGUAUGUCAAAACUGUGGAGAAGUGGAUUUCAAAUUUAAGACUUACCGGAAGACUGAUGUUUUGGGGCAAAAUAAUACUCAUUCUUCUACAAGGAGACAGAAACAGUAUCAAGGAAUACCUGAUUCUUCAGAAAACCUCCAAAGUUGAUGUGGACUCAAGCGGAAAGAAAUGCAAAGAGAAAAUGAUUAGUAUACUCUUGGAAACAAAAGUACAGAUGGAACACAAAAGGUUCCUGGCAUUUGAAGUCAAAGAGUAUUCAUCGUUGGAUGAGCUGCUAAAGGAAUUUGAAGCUGCAGGGCUUAAGAAGCUAUUCUCUGAGUUUGUACUUCCACUGGUAAAAUGAAAUAAAAAAACACAGGAGUCUUUUAGUAAAACCAGAAUUGCAUGGAUUGGUUUCUGUGAGCAGUUACGUCAAAACUUUUGGGGAUCAAAUUUAAUUUUUUUUUUAAUAAAACGUGAAAAUGUCUCAACCCAAGGAAAAAAAACAAUUUACGUUUCAUUAAAAGUUAGAUUUAAUUAAGCAAUUUAUCAAGUACCUAUGUUCAAGUCAGUGUGUUAAGUCCUGGGAAUAGAAAGGCAAAGAAAAAUGGUUUUGACUGUGUCUUGAUAUUUACCAAGGAAGUCUGAGUUUUAAUUACUGACACAUUUUUGAAAGCCAAAGUGUGAGGAAAUGAUGGUAAAUUCUACCAUCUUUUCAGGUUAUACAUUUCUCCUUUCAUUCACACAUCAGUUUCUUAACUGUAACCUGAUUGAAACUGAAACAGUCCUUGUUUUUGUGGGAAAUUUUUUCUGGAAGUCUUUAUCACUUUUCUUUAAAAUAAAUUAUAUGUAAAUUUA